AUGUCUGACCCUUAUGCCCAACACCCACACUACGCUCCUCCUGGUCCUGGACCCGAGGCCAACUUUUAUGCGCCCGCAGAUAGCGUAUACCAAAACCCACCGUACGAUUAUGAGCCCCAGAAUCCGUAUACGCAGCAAUCUCCUCCAAACCAAAACUACCAAUAUGGCUCGCAGUAUGACUUAGCGCAAACACCCAGGUCUUAUCCCCCUCAAAUGUCGGGCCCACAGCAAGACUACCUCAAUCCGGCUUCUGCGGGAGGCUUUGAGCAGGAAAAUAACCAUCGAGAAAGUAACGCUGAUUAUUACAACGCGCCCACCGACGAACAAGAUCGGCACCAUCCUCCAGACUCUCGUCCCCAAGAAGCCGACAACACUUCCGACAAUGAGGGAACUGAGCGCAAUCUUGCAGGGGCACUUGCUGGUGGCGCUGGUGGCUAUGUUUUGGGACGCCAAAGUAACCAUGGUCUUCUAGGGGCUGUGGGGGGUGCGAUACUAGGGAACUUCGUCGGAGACAAGAUGGAGGAUAAACCAGAUGAUGAGGAGGAUGGUCAUCAUCACCGUCACCACCACCACCAUGGCCAUCAUCACCACCGUCACAAGCAUCGUCACGGCCAUCGCCAUCAUAGUCAUCAUGGUCAUCAUCGCAGUCAUUCUCGGCACAGUAGCCAUAGCGGUAGCUACUGA